CGGCUAGAUAACCCGCCUCGACGUCUAGCCAGUUACACGUCGUCUCCUGUACAAAACGAAGGGCAUCACCACGUGGCAACCAGUCGAGGUCGGGGUACUCACUCUUUGCACUUCUUUCCGCCCAAGUGUCGAAGUAGCCCUGGUAGCGUCAUCCGGGGGUAAUCCUCACCAGCUCUGGGCCCCCUUAGCCGAAUAACGGCGAUGCACCAGUUUGCCAGAGCCGUGGCCUCACGGGGCUGCCAUGGCCAGCACAUUCUCUCCAUAGGCUGCUCACGAGUGCUGCGGCGUGGACCUGGUCCCAGACGACCAGCAUUGUGUCAGGCUGCCACCAUCACCACUUUCCGGUUGAGCUUGGUGGAAGGCCCAAGCGAUCCGCCUCUGCUCACACAGACCAUUCCAGAGCAUUUUGCCUCGAUCGUCUCCCAGCAUGGCGACCGGCCAGCAGUCAUUGCCAGGGCUCCGAUCCACGAGCCUCUUGGGACCUACUCGAAGCCACAGACAACGACCUUGACCUAUAGUGCCCUCCAUUCGCUAUCAGACACGCUCGCCCAUUCUCUGAGGUCCCUUGGAGUCAAAAAGGGCGACCGCGUGGCAGUGAGCCUCGGCAACGUGUGCGAGAACGUCGCCUUGUCCUAUGCCGUCUUCAAGCUCGGUGCCAUUCUCGUGCCGUUGAACCCGAGCUUCAACGCGCAGCAGCUCACAGCCGCCCUCGCCCACCUCCGCGCCGAGAUCCUCAUCAUUGGCGCAGUGACCGAUCUGGCCUACAAGCCGUGCCGAGGACGCAGCAACCUCGACCUGCUGACUGCUCUAGUGCCAAACCUCAAAGGGUCGAAACUGGAACCCCCCAAUGUCCCUUCCUUGAAGACCAUUGUGAUACUCGACAACCGCCCAUCACAUCCAGAAGCCAUAUUCCCCCUCGAGGAGUUCCGCUGCCUGACACCAUACGACACCCUCUUGGGCUCCCCUUCCUCCUCGUCCUAUUCCUCGAGCUCGAGCUUAUCCCAACAACGCAGUCUCGUCCCAGACUCGCCCCUCCAACCACACGAAACCAUAAACAUCCAGUUCACGUCCGGCACCACGUCACUCCCGAAGGCCGCCAUGCUGAGCCACACAAACAUCCUCAACAACGGCCGCCUGAUCGCCGACCGGAUGGGCCUGGACCCGUCGGACAAGAUCGUCUGCCCCCCUCCCCUGUUCCACUGCUUCGGGUGCGUCCUGGGCCUCCAGGCCACUGCCACCACGGGGGCAGCCAUCCUCUUCGGCUCCCCGGCCUUCGACCCGGCGGCCUCGCUGCGCAUGGUCGCCGAGCACCAGGCCAGCGGGCUCUACGGCGUCGCGACAAUGUUCAUCUCGGAGCUCGAGCUCCUCGCGAACCCGGCCUUUGCCGCGACCAUGCCGGGCGGCAGCGACGGGCGGCAGCCACGCGGGUUCGCCAACCUCCGCAAGGGCAUCGCGGCGGGUUCGUCGGUGCCCGAGUCGCUCAUGCGCCGGCUCUUCGACAAGCUCUCGCUCCACGAGCUCGUCAUCUGCUACGGCAUGACCGAGACCAGCCCCGUGAGCUGCAUGACGGGUCCCCGGGACCCCCUGGACAAGCGCACGGGCAGCGUGGGCCGCGCGAUGCCGCACACGUCCGUCAAGAUCGUCUCGCCGCACGACCGGACCGAGAUCGUGCCCCUGGGCGAGCGCGGAGAGCUCGCGGUGGCCGGAUACCUGGUCAUGGAGGGGUACUUUGACGACCCGGAGCGCACGAGGAUCGACCGGAUCGCCGAUCCGGACCCGGAUACCGACGGCUCCGGCGCGGGCGAAGGCAGGGAGGGCAAGGUGUGGAUGUACUCUGGCGACGAGGCCGUCAUGGACGAGGACGGGUUCGUCAGCAUCACGGGCCGCAUCAAGGACCUCAUCAUCCGCGGCGGCGAGAACAUCCACCCGCUCGAGGUCGAGAACUGUCUCUUCCAGCACCCCCUCGUGCAGGAGGUCAGCGUCGUAGGCGUGCCCGACGAGCGGCACGGGGAGGCCGUGGCCGCGUUCAUCGUGCCGUGUCGAGGGGUCACGACAAGAACAACGGCAGAGGAGGACGAGGACGCCGUGUGCGGCGGCAAGCAAGACACCACCACCACCACCAAGAACAACGACAGCAAUUCCGAGGAGGCGGAGGCGGGCAUGGCAGGGGAAAGCGGAAGCACGGACAGCAAGGUGCUGACGAGACAGUCUGUCCGCGACUGGGUCGCGCGGAAUCUGUCUGGCCAUCUUGCGCCCAAGCACAUCUUCUGGACAGACGAGUACCCGAAGACGGCAAGCGGGAAGAUCCAGAAGUACAAGCUGCGGGAUAUGGCAAAGGAAUUACUGGCGUCUAGGCCAUCUAUAUAGCAUUCUUCUUUUGGCGAAAGGGGCAUGAGUGACAAAGGAGUUCUCCCGAGGAAAAGAGAUCAAGUAAUUGGCAGAACGGCCGCUCAGAGCAGGGGAAUUAGACUCGGAUGCUUCGAGUAUAUAUCGCAAAGCUGAUA